AUGACAGCAGAAGAAGUUAAACUUGAAGACGCCCAAGUAGAGACGCUGGUUGAAUUGAAGAAGGAAUCUGAAGUUUCGGCUUGGAACGCACAGAACGAGCACCACAAGAUAUUCAAGCCAUACUUUGAGAAGCGUGAAGAGAAACUGAAGGGAGUUCCACAGUUCUGGCCAGUCGUCUUCCGCAACCACUCAUUCCUUAGUGUUGCAUCAGCAGCACCUGGUGAUGCAGACGCGCUUAAGUCAUUAGAGAAUGUUAAAGUAGAGAGAAAUGAGAAGGAUAGCAGAGAAUUCGACAUUGUCUUCACAUUCGGUGAAAAUGAUUUCUUCGAUAACAAGACAUUCACAAAGUCAUAUAAAGUCGUUGGAGGCGGUGAAGGUGCACCUUCUGCGGAUGAUAUCAUAAACUUUGAUCCAGAACGUGAUUUGACUACGAAUAAGUGUGAAAUCAACUGGAAAUCUGAGGAUAAAAAUUUGUCAAAGAAGCACCCACGUACGCUUAAUGUGGAGGAUGUUGACCCAGAUGCAGCAGGUGAUCCAGGAUCUUUCUUCAACUUUAUCGCAGAGGAGAAGGAUGCACUUGAAGUUGGUUCAAUCAUCGCAGAUGAGGUUUACCCAGGCGCAAUUGACAUAUUCAUGGGUCUUGAAGAGGGCAUUAUGGAAGACAGCGACGAUGAGGAGGACAACGAUGAAGACCCUUCUGCAGAGAUUGAUUUGGAGGCCCCAGAAGCUAAGAAGCAACGCAAGAACUAA